GAGCAUAGGCAUACGCGCAAACAUGGCGCCUAUGGAAGUCUCUGCCAACAGUGGCACAAAAAUCAAUCUUUCUAUGUUGGUUGAUUUCCUUCUACAGAAGACUUAUCAUGAUCUAACAGUGCUGUCAGAACUGUUACCAAGGAAAUCUGAUAUAGAGAGAAAAAUUGAAAUUGUGCAGUUUGCCAGUAAAACACGCCAGCAGUUUGUGCGUCUGCUUGCUUUAGUGAAAUGGGCAGCAAGUGCCGAAAGGGUCGACAAAUGCCAGGCAAUCUCAACUAUUUUGGACAAACAGUCUAUGCUGUUUGUAGACACUGCAGACAUGCUGGCAAGAAUGUCCAGAGAAACUCUUGUAAAAGCAAGACUGCCCACCUUCUGUUUGCCAGCCGCAGUGGAUGUCCUGACUGGGGGGACAUAUCCUCGUCUUCCAACAUGUAUUAGGGAUAAAAUUGUACCUCCAGACCCUAUAACUGCUGUUGAAAAGACAAAAACACUGCAAAGACUAAAUCAAGUCAUUCAACACAGACUGGUGACUUCUAAACUACCACCUGAGAUGGGUCAGAUGAUCAUUGCUGAUGGGAGAGUAAAGUUCAGAGUGGAACAUGAAUUUGAGGUGAUGUUAACUCUCAUGGGUGAUGACUCUUCAAUCCCUUGGAGGGUUUUAUCGAUUGACUUUUUGGUUCAAGAUAUGGAAACUGGUGAUGGGAAGUCACUUGUUCAUGUCCUUCAGGCCCAAUAUAUUCAUCAGCUUGUGCAGUCAAGACUGUUUGCAGAGGAAAAUCCACUAGUUGACUUGUACAAAUGUUUACAUUCAUUUUGUCUCUCUCUUCAGUUGCAAGUUCUUCACUUUCAGGCAAAACAGUUGAUAGUUGAGCGAUGGGGAGACAAUGUUCGUAUAGAGGAGUAUGCCAUUGGCAAAAAGCUUGUUGUAUCAUAUUGGAGAAAUAAAGGUUCAGUUCAACAAGGUCAGAAAACAGGUCAUAAAAUAAGUAUAUGUGGGGAUGCUAUUGAUGAACCAAGCAGCCUCUGUGUCCAACACUCACCAGCUCUUCCCUUUGAGUUUAAUCAGGAUUGCAUCUCUAAAGUCACUCCCGGUGACCUGUACAUAGAAAAGCUCCUGACACUUACUAUAAAAGCUCAGUCAAACGUGAAGCUUAAGGGAUUACUUCAGAUGUUGACACAGGAUUCAUCCUUGAAGUCCAGAGUCACACUAGAUGACUUUUGCCCAAGUCUUGUGAUACAAGUUAUGCCUAACUCCACCCCUGCAGAGAUUCUAAUUGUCACGGUUGGAAAGAGGAACGGGAUUUUUCAAGUGUCACUGGGUAAUGGGGAAGAUAACGCUGUCUGUACAGAGCUUGAAAACACAUUGAACGCAAAUUUGGAUCAAUUUAUUACUGUGUUAAGAGAUGCAAGAUGUCAGCUGUAUGUGCAGAGAUACCUGAAAUCCACAGUUCAUCUUCCCGUCACUGUCUCCUUGUCUUUACCGGUAGUGAAUUUAGCAGAUCACAAAUUGUCCCAGCUCAGCAAACAUAAACUUUACAUCCAGUUCCGCCGCCAUCCGUCUUACUGUCUGGUGGUCGAAGUACUUUGUAACAAAGAUUCGGAAGAAGCCACCACAAAGUAUCAUCUCUUAAAAGUGAAACCUACGUUUGGCGAUGAAGCAAAUGAGGCGAGCGCAUCAACUGACACAGGCAGUGGAGAUCAAAAACCCAAACGAGUUGAGGUCAAGAAAGAGGGAAGAAAGAGCCAAGAUCGAACAAGACAAAGCUGCGAUGGAACAAGGAAUGCUAUAGCAGAAAAUAACAAGAGAAGACACGCAAUCUUUUUGAUUGCUGGUCACAUGGUCACCUUGAAUGCCCCAAAAAUGACGGAUUACGCUGGGACACCGCUUGAAGGUGUUCUUUCCAGCCGUAAAGACGAUGAAGGAAAAAAACGAAAGCUCGACUCUUCAGAGGAAGAACUCCAUGGUAAAAAGAAACAGAAGAACUUAAAAGAUGUUUUAGAAGAAGGAAGAAAUAACUCUACUUAUCAACCGACAAUGGGUCAUGUGGUUGCUAUUUGUCACGCAAGAAUACCAUUCAUUCAGCUCCGCGAGGAGCUGAGCCGACACAAGAUUAUCGACCAAGACCUGACGUCAGAGGCUGGAGUCGGGUUAGCUGUCCGAUUGUCUAACCUACCCCUCCCUAGAGACUGUGACGCGUCAUUGGUUCCAGCCCCACAGCCAAGUGUCUUGGAGUGCGUGCUGAGACUUCCUGAUGAGUCACAAGGAACCUGUCUCCUGGAAAUGAUUAUGGAUAAUUGUCCACUAGAGGGACUGUCAGCGAACGAAAAGGGCCCCACCCGGCAUGUGUUGUUUGAAUAUAAAAUUCAGGAGGGGAAGGCUCACAACGUCAAUAACAACAAGGGUGGGGAAGGUGACAAUGAUUGGGCAAAACUUGUGGUUGGAAAGCUUUUGAAUGAUUGGUAUAGUGUUUGCAAAUUGUACCGACAUGCCGUGGAACUGGAUACUUUUCUUAAAGAUUCACAAAGCCAUUCUCGCCAUAUGUGCCGUGUUUAUUCUUACGACUACAAACAGCUGACACUACAGUACGACCCUGAUAAACAAAGCUUGGUGACUUUCGAAUGGUCUGUGGAGCAGUCUCAGUUUGUUUUGACAUUGGGGUAUUGCGGCUCAAGUCUGAGUGCAAAUCCACAGAGUUACACCGCCAGGCAUCUACAACAAGAGUUCAACAAUCAUCAGAAUCUGCCGUAUAUUAUACAGAUUCUUCACGAAACGUUUCGACCACUCUCGGCCCUAGCAAAACUCAGUAGUAAUCCAGUUCUUGGUAUACAGGUCUAUCGACCUCUCACACCCUUGAGGAAGUUUACCGUUCUCCCCCAGUCUUCCUCACAUGUGCUGCUCGUCUACAGAAACAGUAACGCUCUGGAAAUUCGUUUUCAAGCGAAGAAUCUUGUUGCCAUAAGAGAUGCCUUCUACAGUGUGGUGGAUCCAAGUAAGGGCAGAGGAUUUUUUCUGCCAAUCCCAAAUUUGAAGAUCUUUCUUCAAAUGUACAUAGACGAUGUUGCCAAGACCGGAGGAAUCACUUCCCGUAAUACUUCAACCGCAGACGACGAGGCCCCUCCCUCGCCUAUUACCAUGGAAACGGACGCACCUGUGAUUGAAGCACAGUUUACGUCACCACAGCCGGUGCCUGGCACCGCAAAUCUUACCGCAUCACCCAUGAUCCCUCGCACCUCGCCCCAAGCCCCUGCUGCCUCGGUCAAUGUGCCAUCGCCAUUUUCUGCGUCGCCGAAUGUUCAUAGUCCGGGUAAUAUCUAUGGUGUUGGUUCUCCAGCUGCUCAGCUCUCGGCUCUUCUACAGCCUUCGCCGGCAGCACCUCAAAGCUUAGCCCCGUCUCCUGCCGGCUCUCUCGGUCUUCCAGUGCUGUCUCCGGCUACCAGUCACCAGUUUGUCACUCCGUCAUUAGGCGGCUCUUCUCCAGCUCUCUCUCAUUCCAUCCCUGUUACGUCACCAGGGUCGUGGCCCAUGUCUCCACAGUACACUGGUAGCGGCCAGGGUUCCAAGUACAGGCCCUCUCCAACUCCUCAACCAAUGCAAUCAGGGAGUGGAUUAAAGCAACCAACCACUCCACCUCGACCGCUGACUGCAAGAACGUGGGCUGCUACUGUUCCAACAAUACUGUCUCAUAAAGCGUUGAUCAAAUUGUGUACCCCAGUCCCCGUGCCUUGCUCGGUGAGGCACGGCCCAUCGGUCAUGGUAUCUCCGUUGGAGCGGUUCCUGUGCUGCAUGCAUUUAAAACGGCAUUUAACGCGGUGCAUCCAAGAUGAAUUGUCCACCAAACUAUCUUUACAAAGGAAUGAACUACCGAACAGUUCGGCGUUCAAAACAACCCAACCAACGACAAACCUGCAGUACUUUGUCAGUACUGAUCCAUCAUACACUGCGCUGCGACUCAGUGCCAAGCCUCUACCCGGUCAAGCAGAAUUUUCCUGGAAAGAUGAACUAAGUACUCUUGAGAGAUUCUUUGAAACAAGGGUGGCCUGUCCUCCUUACAAGACCAGUGCUUUAACAGCGUUCGCUCGAAUUCUGUGCGCUCCAGCCAACAUACUCCGAGACUGUAUCAAGAUUAUGAAAUUGGAACUGAAUCAUGAUCCAAACGUGUUGAAAUGGCGCGUAGAAUGGUGCCUCAGUAUACCCCCCAACGGACCUGAGAUUGCGCCUCCCGGAACCCCAGCAGUGGUCCUGAAAGGGAAAAUGUUGUUCUUUAUACAACUUAGCAGGCCUAUCCCGUCAUCCCCAACAGGCGAAGAGCAAAUAGUUACAGUUCCCAUUCUCCACGACAUACAGAACAACACGACCCAGCAGGCUGAGAUGCCGUCGCGUCCAGCUCUUUCCGCCGGCUCGGUCAUGAGUUCCAAUCAUGCUGCCAUUGUGAAUUCAACCUUGAGGCGGUGGAACGAAAUAACACCAAGAACAGGUGAAUGUACCAUAUUUUCAGCGGUGUUUGAGCUCGCCCGGAACCUUGAUAUUCCUCUGUAGACAACAAUUAUUUAUUGGACGAUAAAACAUUGUACAAUUUUUAUCCCGUAAAAAAACUGACAAAGUCAAAAACUUUAACACUAUGGAUUGAAAACAUGAUAUUGAAGCUCUCUGUUGUAGGAUUAAACCUCGGCUCAACUCUUGUGGACUGUAUGUAUCUGUUUUCCUUGAGCAAAUAUAUCAUUCUCCCUGCGAAA